ACUACAGUUUCCAUUCUACAUCAAACCCCAUAAUCAGCACGCCUCUUAUAUCGGCCCCCACAUAUAAUAGCCCUCCUCCCCCAGAUUUCUUUCUACACACUGAUAUAAAUAUUUAAAAUAAAUUGAACCCUUUUUCUCUCUCUCUUUGUAACUCCCCCACCCAAAAAAAAACCCAUAAAGGCACUUCUCCUCUUCAAAGCUUCCAGAAACACGUCUAUUAGACUUACCAAAAUCAAAAUCUAUCUCUCUCUCCCUCUCUAACUCUUCAAGGACAAAUAUCAUGGAUAAUUCACCUCUCUCAAGCUCACCACACAAUAUCCCAGAAUUCUACCACUACCAAACAGCGCCUUUUUCCGAUAUCAUGUCCCGAACAAACAACGCUGCUUCCAACCCUUUCAACCUUAACCAAUACGACGAUGAAAACGACGAACACAACGACGUCGUUUCAGACGAACGAUAUCAUCAUCCUAACCAAGACGACGACAACGACAACAACAACGACGACGAAGAAAUAAUAAUGAAGGAACCUAUGUUCGAGAAGCCUUUGACUCCGAGCGACGUGGGCAAGCUCAACCGACUCGUAAUCCCCAAACAACACGCCGAGAAAUACUUUCCACUCGGAGGCGGUGACUCGAGCGGGGGAGGUGAGAAGGGAUUGUUACUGAGUUUCGAGGACGAGUCGGGCAAGUUCUGGCGUUUCAGGUACUCUUACUGGAAUAGUAGUCAAAGCUACGUGUUGACUAAAGGCUGGAGCCGUUACGUUAAGGAGAAGCGUUUGGACGCCGGUGACGUCGUUUUGUUCGAGAGGCACUGCAGGGAUAACGACCGUUUGUUUAUUGGCUGGAGGCGUCGCGCGGCGGCCCAAGAUAGCGCUGCGGUGGCAGCGGCGCACGCUAGCAAUUGUGGUGGUGGCGGCGGCGGUGGUGACAGUUGUAUUAAUAACAAUAAUAUCAAUAAUACUGGGUGGACUAGGAUGUUCUAUUCUGCGCAUCCUUAUCCUACGCACCCUCAUUAUCACCACCAUCCUGCUAUGCCAUACCAUCCUGACUCUAUUCAUGCAGGAAUAUCCAGUAGUGUUCCGAACCAAACGACGUCGUCGGUUAAUGGGAACUCGAAGAUACUAAGGCUAUUUGGUGUGAACUUGGAGUGUCAUGAGCAGCAAUCUGAUGAAAUUAAUGAGAAUGGGCUCGAGCCAUCCACCCCAGAUGGCUCUUCUCUGUCGAGCCAAGGUCCUCCAGCUCAACACCAGUUCUACCCUCCUGCUCAUUAUUCAGAUCACAUGGAUUUCACUUUCUCCCGAGAUGUCAAACCCAUGAGAAAUCGUCGAGGAUAAAGAUCUGUGGAUGUGACGUCCCUGGAUUGACUAAUACUUUUGAACCCACUUGGAAUUCCCCCACCCAAAAAAAUAAAUAAA